GGAGCCGCGCAGGCGGAGGGCUGGGCGCGCAUGCGCGGCAGGAGCCGCGGCCGCCGUGCGCAGCUGCCGCGCAGCGUGGAGCCGCAGAUGGAGCCUCCCCCUGGCGCCGCAGAAAGUUCUAAGCUGAGACAUGUAGAAAAAGAUGUUUUGAUUCCACAAAUAAUGAGGGACCGAGCCAAGGAGCGGUGUUCAGAUAAAGUGCAAGCAUUCACUAAGUGCUGCCAAGAGACAGGCUUUCUGAUGGUGCUGAAGUGUCGGCAGGAGAACUCCCAGCUGAAAGACUGCCUGGUUGGCUACUAUUCUGACCCAUUAUUCUAUGAAGAGUGCAAAACAGAGUACUUGAAGCAGAGAGAAGAAUACAGAGCAACUGGAAUUAAGAAAAAAAAACAGAAGCUUCCUUCAAAUGUGUAGUUAAAGCAGAAAAGUAACAGCAACAAAUCAAGGAGGUAUUAUGAUAAACAAUCUGUCAUUAUGAAAGAGCACUCUCCCCUCUUGUGGAAAAUCAUGUAAGUACACAAAUAGGCAUUACUGGGUCUAAGAAAUGCAGACAGUAUUUCAUUGUGCAAAACAGAACAUCUGGGAACUUUUAUGCAUUCAU